UCUUUCUUCUCAUUUCUUUCUUUUGCUUUUCUGUUUAUGUAUUAAAACUUUUUUUAUGAGGAGAUUGUAUCAAUAGAAAUUAAAGAUCCGAUCACUAUUUGCACUUCUCCUUUGACGUCUUUACACAUUAGGGUGUUAAAAUAAAGUAGUUAUUAUCAAGACAAAAUUUGUUAACAUACUGAAGAUUGGAGGUUAACUGUGGAGCAUGGUAGAGUUUGGAGAGAUUAAAAGAGUUUAAACAAGUUGAAAAGGUACCACUACUAUUGUGGUAUUCAAGGGAUGACCAUUGUCGACAGUAUCCAUCUCCUCACCAUUAUAAUGGUUGUAUAACUUAAGAGCCAAAAAUUACCAUUAGGGAGAGAAUUACGUGAAUACAUUAUAUUGGUAGCCAUAUGUCAGGAUUCUAACACACUUUCUAAUAAAACACCCAACAAUGGCUAAAUAGAGACAACACCCUGUGAUUCUUUAUUUAUAUAUAGCCAAAAGAUACAGCUACAAUAUGAAAUGAAAGUAAGAACAGUAAAUAACAAGAGCAUACCAGCAUCCUUUACAAGAAGGAUACCUCCUCCCCUUUACGGCUGCUGCCGCCAUUCUUUACCCUAUAGAAAACAAAAAGAUACCCCUCCCUAUUUCCCAAUCAUUCUAUUUAUAAUCACCCUCAAAUUCCUACUCAGUAGGACCCACCUGCACAUUCUCUUACUUCCCACUCAUUCUCUCUCAUUACUUGUUGGUGAAUUUCCCUUCUUACCCUUCCUAACAUACGUAUGUAUGAUUGGGGGUCUCACAACACCCCUCGGUUCCAAAUUCACCUUGUCCUCAAGGUGGAAUGUGGGAAACUGUUGAUUCAUUUGAUAGACAGCUUCCCAUGUGGCUUCAGUUUCUGGUAAAUUCUUCCACUUGACUAGCCAUUCGUUAGCUCCCAAAUCUUUAUUCCAGCGAAUUCCCAAUACCUGUUAUGGCCAUAGUUGUAACUCGAAAUCUGUUGUCAACAUAGGUUGUUGUUGCUGCACAACAUUCUGCUUACCUAACUUGAGCUUCAACUGCGAGAUGUGGAACACAUCAUGAAUAAUCGCCUCUCGUGGAAGUUUCAAUCUAUAUGCCACCUCUCCUAUCUCUUCAAUGAUUGUGUAAGGCCCAUAGAAUUUUGGUGCCAGCUGUUCACAUCUUUUCCGAGCUAAGGAUCUCUGCCUAUAAGGUCUGAGCUUUAGGGGGUCUUAUCAAUGAAAACACACUGAUGAAAGUGAAUAGAGGGCUUAAUGAGACUACUGGGGUUGUGCUAGAAUACUUGCAAGAUGCAAAGGAGUAUGGACAAAGAAAAGGAGAUGACAUUUUAGCAUUAUUUAUACUGGUUAUUGGAAGGAAAAUGAAUGGUAACCAGUUGGUUGGUACAAUUCCUUCUAAACUCGGGAACUUGGAUAAGUUGUUUGAACUGUUUGGAAGAAUCCAUUGGAACAAUGAAGCCAACUUGGAACAAUUGAUCGAUAUAAGACGUUUUGUAUGGUUGGUAGCAAAAUCUUGGUUCCAAUGUACUGAAUUUAGGCUUGUUAGUAGAUAAAGAUGUCAAUGUUUAUUCUUUUUGUAUGUAAACUAUCUUUUAACAAAAAAUAGUUAUUAGUUAA